UCAACCAAGAAGGGAAUUGAUAAACGGAUGUCAGUUUAACUGCUCCAAAGCUUCAAUUUUGGCGGGAAAGUUUCCAGCUUUAUGACCGUUACUGCAAGUCCUUGCUUGGGUAUCAAUGGGGGAUCAAUCAUAUUGUCAUGUCAGUUUCUGGUCUCAGGCCAACGCCCUUCUCAGGAAGAACCUAACUUUCCAGAAACGAAAUAUCAAGAGAAAUAUUUGGCUCAUUUCAUUUCCAAUCAUCCUGUGUUUAUUGACUCUUGUCCUCCAAAGAUUGUCGGACCAGAUAUGGGAUGAACCCGCUGAGUGUGGCUGUAGUAAAGAGGCAGGGUGUUACUAUGAAUAUUCUUAGGGCACAGAAUUUUCACCAGGCUAUUCCAAUUUUGAAGAUCCUGCUUUUACUUUGGAUCCCUUCAUCUAUUCUCUACAACGUCAUUGCCCACCAGACUUUAAUUUUUCAGUUUUCGUUUGGAAUGCCUCUGAUGAGUUGCGACAAGAGGCUUUAUGUGUUGAAGGCUUACCUUUGUGGCGCAACAGUUCUUCUAAGAUAAAUGCCUAUGGUUUCUCAAACUCAAAUGAGGAGAAUUUUAAUGUGAGCAUAUGGUACAAUUCAACUUAUAUUUCAUGGUGGAGUUCCUUAUAAACAAGCUAAAACAUAUAGUGGGGGUAUGAAGAUGAGGCUCAGUGUAGCAAUUUCACUCAUUGGGGAUCCCAAAGUGGUUUAUAUGGAUGAGCCUAGUACAGGACUAGAUCCAGCUUCCAGAAAAAAUUUAUGGAAUGUCAUUAAGUGUGCAUUGCAAGACCGGGCAAUGAUCCUCGCCAGUACUCUCUCUCUCCCCACAUUACUUGUUGAACUUGCAAAAAUGAGGUGUAACAAGCAUUACAAAUUAUCUGCGCUUUCUUGUUCCUCUUACUGUUGUGUAUUGCCCCUCGGCCCCUUGCACUUAAUUUCAAUUCUUAUUGCUCAACUUGAUGCUGUCAAUUACAUAAUGGUCUUGUUUUUUUAUGUUUCAGCCCAUUCAAUGCAGGAAGCAGAAGUCUUGUGUGAUCGAGUAGGUAUUUUUGUAGAUGGCAGCCUGCAGUGCUUAGGAAAUCCAAAAGAGCUGAUAGGUAGAUAUGGAGGACCUUAUGUGUUCACAAUAACAACAUCUUCAAUUCAUGAAGAAGAUGUGGAGAAAUUGGUGCGAACUCUCUCUCCUAGUGCUAACAAGAUAUACCAUGUAUCUGGAAUCCAGAAGUUUGAGCUGCCUAAAACUGAGAUCAGAAUGGCAGACAUCUUCAAAACAGUAGAGAUUGUGAAGAGCAAGUUCACCAGUUAUGCAUCGAACCUAGCUGAUGCUACGUUGGAGGAAGUCUUCAUCAAAGUUGCAUGCGGAGCUCAGGAAGCCAACGCGUAGCAUAGUGUUUCUGUACCAGAGUUCUUGUUAGAACUAUCUUUGUCAAAAAUUUCUUCCAUGUGUACCAAAACUCUUAGCUAGGAACCAUUGUUUAUAAAUGUUUUUUUUUCAUGUCACCUACCACUUCUUGUGGUACAACUCAUACACCUCAUGUAAUGUUGUGGACAAUCAGAAA